GGUCCCAGUGCUCCUUAAUGAGAUUAGCUGUUCGUCUUAGCCUGCUUCAGUGCAAAGGGGUCAGUCACAGGAUUAGCACCUUGCUUAAGUGUUGCAUCACUUUUAUUACAAUUUUUUUUUUUAAUCAUUACUUUGACUUUCCCACUUCUUGCUCUUUGUGGGUCAUUUUGCUUCCCAGCCUCCUAAAUAUGUUUAACACCUGUAAUUGCGAUAAAGUGUGACAGGAGUGGAAAUAUUGCGAUUCAUCAUGCGGGAUUUGAGUCUUCCUCGACCCUCUGCCACCGAAUGAAGCAUCUUUCAGGGGAAGCACCGGAGCGGGGGCAGCCAGAGAAGUGAGGGGCCGCUGGGCCAACAUCUUGCCUGCUGCGGCAGAGUCUGAGACUCCGGACCAGUCAUCCUCAUGCCACUUGUAAAUAACAAAGUGGGAGAUGAUUGCACAGUUGGCACAGACAAGGCUUUGGCUGAUGGAGAAGCUCUGCUGCAGUCUUUGAUAAAGGUUGUAGCAUGUUACCGGCACUUGGCCUCAUGUGUUGGUGGAUGCACAGACAGCCUGCAGCUGCGGGACGAGCUGCGACAAACGAGAGAAAAGGCCCAAAAGUUGGCUGCGUCCAUUUGCCAUCACUUGACCUCUCACCUGCGGGACAAGAGCCUGCCUGAGGAGCAGCGUAAGGAGAUGGAGCUCCUCUGGGUGGCCUUCUCCUCCAGCCUAGAGCUCCUCCAUGUUGACAUGUGCAAGGUUUUCAGCAUGGGUGACAUUUUCUCUCUUGCCAACACUGCUACCCUGGUGCAAACAGGACUUCAAGGAGGAGGCAGUGAGGUAGCAGCUCGGGCGCUCAGUCUGCCAGACCUGAACCAAGCUCUGACUCCGACCCCAGCAGCUGGCCUGGAGAGCCAGGAGCGCAGCACCAUGGAGCAGGAGAUCAGCCAAAUUGACCACAUGAUUGACGACAUGGAGAUGAAGGUCAACGUACUGCGCUGGAUGGUGGAGCCCCACGGGCCGCAGUACGCGGACCCGCUCAGCAGUGCAGACAGCGCCUCCUUGGCUCUGCUCUCCGUCGAUGAGGAGCAGCCUGCACAGCAGCCUCUCUGUCAGCGCAAACAAAUCUUUGCGUUCUUACUGCUGUUUACUGUUGUUUUGUUGGCAUCCACUCUUUCUGUCUGUAUUGUCCUCUUCUCAUGAGCAAAAUAUUAAUUUACUCAACUUUCCCCCCCUGUAAAACCCAAGUAAGAUGCACAACAACACUGCACAUAUCUGGCAAGCAUUGCAUUUUGUAAUAGCAACUAAAUUAUCUACUGGAGUGAAAGAUAUUUAUCUAAAAAUACACUGACAUAAGUCUGGAUGCAAACCAGUUCAUUUAUUGCAGUGAAUCCAAUGCUGGUUUAUAUUUUAAACUCUCUUUGUUGAACACGGUGACAAUAAAAAACAUGGCUGCCAGUUGGAAGUAAUUUACUGAAGUAAAAUAAUCAUGAGAUAAAAGGACACUGGUUGAUUUUACCCAAUCAACUGUAAAACAAUGGAGCUUAGAAUUUUCCCUUUGUUCCCAUACGAUAAGAUUUCCCUGUGAUACCUGAAAGGAACAAUUUCUGAAAUGUCACUUGUCACAUUUUAUUCCUUGUUGCCAUCAGGAAGAUAUAGGUGCUCAUGCUUUUGUAGUUGAUAUACUGCAAUAAGCAUAAGAGUUUUCUCUUCCAAUGACAAACGUUUUCGAUUUGGUGUUAUUGUGUAUAUAUUCUGUGCUGUA